AUGUGGUCUCUUAGAUCCACGUCCUCCAUUCUCACAGUACUGUGCCAGCUGUGCUCUGUCUCUUCUCUCCCAAGCACCAAGCUGGCUACACCGCAAUCUGGAGAUACACUGGCUCACUUGCAGGGCUCAACGUCGCCUGAAGCUACGUACACAACCAAAGGUUCCCAUUUCCAGAACGGCAUCGGCUUCUCCAAGCGAGAGGAUAGCCCGGCUGCUGCGAGCGGUGCUUCAUACCGAGAGUGCUUCGAUGGCGAGUGGUGGUGCCAAUACGAAAGACAGUGCAUCCGUACCGCGGACCAGUGCAACGGCAAGUGUCCUGCAGACUAUUACUUUUGCAAUAAGUCAAGGCGCUGCAUACACUAUAGUCAGUCCUGCACACAAGGCUGCGAUGCAGGCUCCUGGUGGUGCGACGUGGCGAAUAGAUGCAUCAAAGUGAGGGAGAGGUGCGCCGGUCAGUGUGAUACCGGCUACUGGUGGUGUAAUGUGGCACGGAUAUGUGUUCCAGUGACAGACCAGUGCGCCGGCAAAUGUCGCGACGGUUGGCACUUGGUCGAGGGCCGGUGUGUACAAGACUUGUGCGCUUCGUCCUCACCUGGAGUUGCCUGGCACUAUUACCAAUUGACGCAGGGGACUGGUCCUGGCCAGAUCCCUUACACGCCACAGCCAGCUCCCCAGCCCUUUGAUCUAUCGCGCAUCAUGAGUGGCUCGUCGAUUCCCGCGCCAAUCAACGGCACAGCAGACAAGGCUGGCUGGGUAGACCAGGGCAACCUUCGCCAGGGCACCACUGGUCCGAGCUCUCUCCAAGUUGUCAGGCUUUCCCCAAACAUCCCCAGCAGCGCUUCCUACUUUCUCAUGUUUUGGACUGGGUUCUUGGUCCCUCGAACGACGGGUCCUUAUACAUUCUACACCUGGUGGGUAGACGACAGCGCCUACUUGUGGGUUGGAGACAAGGCGCUUUCGCCCACUGCCACCAAUUUCGACAUGCACAUUCGGUACGCGUCCCAAGACAGCUAUGGUGUCAAGAGAUAUACCGUCAACGCUGUAGCGGGAAAGCCGAUUCCUUAUACGGUGCUCAACGUCCAAAGCGGGGGACCCUUUUCACUAUGCUUUGCAAUCAAGGAGAAUGACCGAGUUAUUAUGAACUCGUGUCGAGAGGCAGGUGAAUGGCCAGUUGCGACGAGCGAAGUCGUUUCCUGUCCUAAUGCGCGCUUCCGUCCUGUCUUUACAGCUUGA